AUGCCGAAAAGAAAUAAUGAAAAGAAAAUAGAAAGGUACAAACAAAAAAUUAGAAAAAUGGAGCAGGAACAACGGAAAUAUAACCGUAUUAUCUAUUCUUCGUCUGAAGACUCUGACAAAGAUUCAGAUCACGAAACUAAUGGGAAUGUCCCAGAGCCCGUGGACGUCCUCGAAAACGGCACAAAUGACGUUUUGGACACUGAAGAGCCGAGCCAAGAACCAGUCACCGUACCGGAAUUGGAUCCUGAGACUCUCUCCGCUCUUGGUGAAACCACCGAGGAGGCACCAAAAUUCGGUGCGAACAUUCACGAAAGUUUAUCUCGUUUAUGGUUACCUAUUCUUCGAAAGGGAAUAAAUAAAGAGACCAAAGAGAAACUGGCCAAAGAGUACCUUGUACCAGAAAAUUGCGCGUUACUUCAACCGCCGAAACUUAACCCCGAAAUAUCUUCCGCCGUGAAUGAGGGGGCCCGAGCUCGGGACAAAAAAGUUGAAGCUGUGCAGCAACAAUUAGGACUCGGUAUAACCGCCCUUAAUAAAGGAUAAGAGCUCCUUCUAGACGAUGGCAGGGACAGACUUCAAGCCAUCAAAUACCUCAGCGACAGCUGUCGACUGCUGUGCGACUUGCACUUUUUAGAAACAGAGGCUAGAAAAAAGUUCAUUACCCCCGGAUUAGACAAAUCCUUCUUAAAUGUUAUGCAGGAUGUUGAACAUGACGAUAUGCUUUUCGGAAACAAGCUUUCUGAAAAAAUCAAAGCUACAAAGGUUAUUGAGAAGCACGGGUUACAAAUAAAGAAACCCGCUCCUAACCCAAAACCACCAUCUACGUCAUAUAAUCAACCAUCGACAAGUCGCUCACGCCCCCAGGGAAACUGGGGAGGGCCCUCUCGCUUUCCACCGAAUCGGGGAGGGAGGGGGGGGCCGAAGAAGACUCCGUCAGCCAGCCGGAGACCUCCAGCGGGCUACAAUGCUCAACAGAAGUCGUCAACACAGAGCAAACAGCGUGCAACGUCCCAACAACAAUAGAGGUACACGCUGGAAGACUCCGGUAUUUUUAUAACUGUUGGCUUUCAAUUACUAAUAAUUCUGAAGUACUUAAGUGGAUUUCAAAAGGGUAUUCUAUACCGUUUUGUAAGAAAGUAAGACAAAACUUGAUCCCUCACAAUUCUGUGCCAAAUUGCGAGCAACCGGAUAUGUUACAAUCUAUCAAUAAACUGCUAGAACUAGGUGCCAUUACUCCAUGCCAUAGAUCCAAAAAUGAU